CAUGAUAUAUGUUUUGAUGUAAUAUGGCGUCUUUAAUUGUCACAGUAUAAUAAAAUUUUUAAAUGAAUUUAAAAUUCUUUUAAAUGUUGAACUUGAAAUUGAACACAGAAUGCCAGUUGACAUAAAUCGAUUAACAGAAGGUUGGCUAGAAUUGGAAAGUGACCCAGGUUUAUUUACAUUAUUAUUGGAAGAUUUUGGAGUAAAAGGUGUACAAGUAGAAGAAAUAUAUGAUCUACAAAAAUCAUUGGAAGGUCCAGUAUAUGGUUUUAUAUUUUUAUUUCGUUGGAUAGAAGAAAGGAGAUCCAGGCGUAAAGUUGUAGAACAAGAUGAAAGUUUUGUAAAAGAUGAAGAAAUUGUUAACAAUAUAUUUUUUGCACAACAGGUUGUGCCCAAUAGUUGUGCAACUCACGCAUUACUUUCUGUAUUACUUAAUUGUCCAAAUAUUCAUUUGGGUACAACUUUAUCCCGAUUGAAAAUGCAUACAUCUGGUAUGUGUCCAGAAAAUAAAGGAUGGGCAAUUGGAAAUACUCCUGAAUUGGCAUGUGCUCAUAAUUCUCAUGCAAUGCCUCAAGCCAAAAGACGUCAGGAUAAAAAUACUGGUGUUUCAACUGGUAGAUUUACUGGAGAAGCUUUUCAUUUUGUUAGUUAUGUACCAAUUAAUGGUAGAUUAUUUGAAUUAGAUGGUUUAAAACCAUAUCCGAUGGAUCAUGGUCCAUGGAAAGAGCAUGAAGAAUGGACUGAACAAUUUAGAAGAGUAAUUACGGAUCGUUUAGGAAUGGCAACAGGGGAACAGUUACAAGAUAUAAGAUUUAAUUUAAUGGCUGUUGUUCCUGAUCGACGACUCGCCAUUUCGCAUAAAUUAACUAUGUUGAAAACUAAUAGGCAAAUAGUAUUAGAGGCAUUGCAACAACUUGUUAAAUUAAGUCAUCAAGAUGGAACAGAAAAAAAUUCAAAUGAUUCUGAUAAAUCAGAUAAAUCCUAUGAUAAAAAAAACAAAACCGACGACGAAAAUGUUCCACCUAAUAAAUCAGAGAUUGAUGAAUCUUCAUCAGUACCAACUAUUACAGUUGAAAGAAACAGUGAUUCUACUAUAGAUACUGAAGAACCAGCCACAAGUGUAACUUCUGGAAAGGCAGAAUCAAAUAUGGAAAAAGUAGUAAUGUGUGCAUUGGAUUAUGCUACACCUCUCAGAAUUCAAACUUCCCCAGCACAUAGUUCGUCUAGUACUGAUACAUCAUCUGAGAUUGGAUCUGCAUUUAAUUCUCCAACUCAAGCAUGGGGAUGGAAUUCUGGUCAAAGCAGCCCAACAUCGACAAAAGAUUUCAAAAAGUUUGUCGUGAUUAGAGUGUCUGGUGAUGAAAAGAACGAGGCUGGUUUAAUAGGUCGUUCUCUUGGAAAUAUUAAUAUAAAUGGAAAAAGAUUAGUUUCUGACAGUGGUCAUUUACAUAAGAAGGUCUGCCUGUCAGGAGAAGUUAGGAUACCUCAUGCCAGAGUAAAAACUAGUAACGGGGAUACUGUUACCGAAGAGAAGAAAGUCGAAAAGAUCGAUCCGAAAUUAUGCUCGAAAUAUCCAGAAUUGUUCGAGCCCCAUACAUUUGCACCUAAAGAUCUUUUAGCAUUGUUAAAGAAUUUGGAGCAUGAAAUUAAUAUCUGUGAAACUAGUUUAAAAGAUGAAAAUGACAAGAGGAAUAAAUACAAGAUUGAUGAUUGUCGUAGAACACACAAUUACGACGAAUUUAUUUGCACUUUCCUUUCGAUGCUUGCUCAACAAGGCAAAUUGGCAGAAUUGGUCCAACAACACUUAACUUUAAAGAAGCAUACUUCCGUCUCAGUGAACAGGGUUCAUAGAUCUUCAAAGAAAGCAGAUACUCGUCCAAACUCGUCCCGUAGACGUCGAGGUAGAACCAAAUGUAAAAAACGAAAAUAAUCUUCGUAAAGCGAAUAAAUGGAAUGUUAUCCCACCUAUCGAAUUAUCAGUCAGGAAUUUUGGAACUAUUAAAAAGGACACUUUAAGAAAUGAAACAAGCAUAUAAAAAAAAAAAAUUAUAUGAUUGUUAAAGCAAAAAUGGAGCGUGGAUUAUAUAUCACUCUUUACAAUACUUACAACGUUGAUAGCGUUGAACUAUCAAUAUUUGUUUUAUUUUUUUCACUCAAAUGUUUAUUAGACAAUCAUAUAUUCAUCAGCAGCACUGAAAA